AUGGGCGACAAGGGCGUGUGCCCGACGCCGCUGCGCCCCUUCGUGGACGGCGGCGCGCUGCUGGCCGACGCCAACGGCAACCGCAAGCGCCGCGUGGACGCGCUGGGCGGCCUCUCGCCCGCCGUGACGCGCGCGCCGCCCGGAGCCUUGGGCUCUCCGGCCUUGCGCUCGUCCUCGGCGGGCUCCAGCGCGCCCUCGGUGCUGCAGAUGUUCACGGCGGAGACCGCGGGCUCGCGCCUGGGCGGCAGCUUCUCGUCCGUGUCCUCCGUGUCCUCCGCGUCCACGCUGUCGUCGUCCUGGGGCGCGCGCAGCGCGCGCGACCCCGAGCAGGAGCCGGAGCUGCACGGCCUGCCCAAUAAACGCUCGCGAGUGGCGCCCUACGCGCUGCCGGAGACGCAGUUCGAGGCCUUGCGCGAAGACUCGCAGAACCUCAUGGAGGCCAUGAGCAUCUCGCAGCAGAACACGCAGGAGUGCACGCAGACGCUGGAGGACAGCCCCUCGCUGUGUCUGAUGCGCCUUUUGCUGCAUCCCGAGGUGGACAGAGCGGUGACUGCGUUCCAGAAGAACGCGCUGGAGAAGAAGGGGCUGUAUCGCAUUGAGAUGCAGAUGCUCACGCCCAGAGUAACCCUUGGGAGAGAUAACUAUACGGGCAUUUUUGACAAGAAGACGUCGGGCGUGGACCCUGUGAAGCUCAGCAGAACGCAUUGCAUUAUUGAGACGGCGCUGGACCCGGAGACCCACAGACACGCUGUGUUUAUUACGGACAAGAGCACGAAUGGGAUUAGGAUUGACGGAGUACAGGUGCAGAAGAACAAGAAGUACAAGCUGAUGGACGGACAGAAGAUUACGUUGCUGUCGUCAAGACAGGGGAAUGUGCUGCUGGGAUACGUGGUGGAGGACCCGCAUGUUCGCGGGGCACAGGAAGGGACCAAGAACAAUCAGUCAGCGAUCCUAGCGGACUCGCAGGAUAAAUCGCAGCAAGGACCGAAUCUGCAGGAGUACACGCUGGGUGUGCUGUUCUCGGCGCCGCUGGUUGGGAAAGAUAUCCACGGCAAGUACCACCCGAUCGCUGAACUGGAUGUCAAGCGUGAAUACUCGAUCCUGCAGAAGAGUCUGAUAGAAGCGUCCAAGUUUGCGAAGAGACCAGCUACAAUUAAUGAUGCAUCCGGCAACAACGGGCCUGGUACGUUAUCCAGGAUAUACCAAUGUCCGCGGCAAAUUAGUGUGGUAGCCAAGUUCGCGAACACGGACACGUUCCGGGCAAUGGUGACGCUUGGCUGCCGAGCGCUUCACUUCUCCGGUCAUGGCGACGAGAAUCAUCUAUACUUCGAGGACGGCAUGGGACUGGUGCAUCCGAUCCCUCACAAGGGUCUCCAAGAACUGUUUUCGGCGGGUGGUGGAGGAGGCGAGUCGACACUACGUCUUGUAUUUGUAUCGGCAUGCUCCUCAGCACCACUAGCGUACGCAUUUGUAUCGUGUGGCAUCCCUCAUGUUAUUGGCGUGCGUACGAAUCAGAAGAUCGAAGACUACGCAGCUAUCGAGUUCACGCGUGCGUUCUACUUGGCCCUCGCUACGGGCAAGUCCGUGGGGGCAAGCUUCACUAUAGCUCAGCAGUCUGUCGCGAAGUCGCCGAAUAUUCGAGGGCCCAUGGCAGUCGCUGAAAAGUUCAUGCUGCUUCCGGAGGAUGGCGACCACUCGGAGAUUAUUUUCCCGUUGGCGGUUGUGGAAUCCAGUAACACUGUCAACCUUGAGCCCAUGAAGUCGAAGCGAUACCCGAAGCUUUGGUUCGACGACCUGCCUGCGAUGUGCCAAGGGUUUUGCAACCGCUCUGUCGAAGUAUACAAAAUCUGCUUGGCUUUGAUGAUGACCCAGUCUCGCAUUACGCGCCUCGUGACUAUCUGCGGCGAGGAAGGGAUCGGCAAGACUGCGGUUGCGCACGCGGUGGCGAAUUACGUUGGGCCUCGUAUCACUUCUGAGGGAGGUGUUCGCAUCUUUUCGGUUGCCAGGCUUGCUCAAGACGAAAUGGACGAGCAUGUCGGCAUGAUGCGGCGAAACAUCAACAUCGCGAACGGCAGGUGUCGCGUGCUGAGUCGGCUAGAGAUCAUGGUCACGGACCACUUAAAACAGCACAAGGAGCGGAUCGAGUUCAAUAGCCAGCAGAUGCUGAUGGUCUUAGAUGGUUGCGACUAUCUCCUACGCAAUGACGCUCGCCGUGAUCGCUUCCGCGCAUUCCUGUCGGACCUGCUGACCAACAACGCCUCGCUGAAGAUCGUGUUGACGGCGCGAACAUCAAUCUGCACGGAUGGCGCUGUCCACGGCCACGGCGAGAGGUUAUACACGCUGUCGAAAUUCGACAUGAAGAGCGCAACGAUGAUGCUGGUAAGUCUAAUGAGCCGGCCGAUUCGAGUUGAAGAACUGAAGCACGCGCGCGCUGCCAACUCAGCGGAUAAGCUGGAGCUCAUUGCUUCUCACCCAGCUCUGCGAGCUACUCAGGGUAUUCCAAAGCGCAUAGCUGAUCUGGCUGGCAAGCUCAACGAGACGACCAUGGACAAAGUCCCAGUGGACGAGAGCGACCUGAAUCUCAUGGAGUGA